AUGGUCAAUUCCUCUAUUGUUGCUAAGAGAUGGAAACAGCAAAUUAGAGGAAAUAUGGAAUGGAAAACUAAUUCAUUUUUAGAAAAAGUCCUAACUGAUGACCAUUACAUUCUGAGUAAGAAGCAAGCAUGGAGGGCUUUAGUGAAAGCAAAAGGUGAAAUUAAACAUGAAGCAGAAGAUUACUUCAAUAAGAUUUGGAGCUAUGCCUUGGAAAUAAAAAAAACAAAUCCAAACUAUACUUGUGAAGUGAAGUUGAGUGACCUUAAAGAAAAAGGAAAAGAGAGAUUUUUAAGGAUGUAUAUCUGUUGGGAAGUUACAAGGGAAGGAUUUAAGCACUGCAGGAAAAUCAUUGGCCUAGAUGGGUGUCACUUGAAGUGUAAAACUGGAGGAGUAUUGUUGACAGCAGUUGGAAUAGAUGCAAAUGAAAGUUUAUUCCCAAUUGCCUAUGCAGUUGUAGAAGGUGAGAACAAAGACUUUUGGACUUGGUUUCUACAGUUUCUAAAGAAAGACUUGAAGCUUGGUCCCUUAGUACAAAGUCAGUACACACUAAUGUUAGACAAGCAAAAGGGUCUCAUACAAGCUUGUGAAAGUACCUUACAAGGAGUUAGGCAUAGAUUUUGUGUCAGGCACUUGCACAAUAACAUGAGGGUGGCUGGUUUCACUGCCAAUGCUAUAAAGGAUGCCUUGUGGAAAGCAGCAAGAGCCACUACUGUGAAUAACUUUUCAACAGCACUACUUGAGUUAAGAAAAUUGGAUGAAAAUGCUUAUGUUUGGCUUGGUGAUAAGCACCCAUCUGAGUGGUCAAGAUCCCACUUCAAUACAGCUGCCAAUUGUGACAUCCUAGUGAAUAACAUCUCAGAAUCAUUCAAUGCAAUGAUCUUGACAGCAAGGGAAAGUCCUGUUAUUAAUUGCUUGGAGAUAAUUAGGAAAAAGAUCAUGCUAAGGCUAUUUGAGUCAAGGACUAAAGUUGAUGAAUGGACUGGAGUACUCUGUCCAAGUAUUGUGAAAAAAAUUGAUGACAUUGAGAUAGCUGCAGGUGGAAUGAUUUGCUAUCAGUGUGCUCCCAUGUUGUUUGAGAUAAUUGGGACACAUUCUGGGCAGUAUACUGUUGAUCUAGGUAGAAGAUCUUGUUCCUGUAGGAGAUGGGACCUAACUGGAAUCCCUUGCCCCCAUGCUGUGUGUGCAAUAUGGAAGAAAAAUGGGAAAUGA